GUGGCACUGCUCGGCACCGAUCAUCAGGGCACUGAUGAUCGGCACGAUCCCUGCUGAUCACAUCACUGAUGAUCAGUGUGCCCUGAUGAUCUGUGUAGCCCCAGCUGUGCCACCUGUCAGUGUCCAUCAGUGCCAGCUGUCAGUGCUCAUCCAUGCCACCUGCCAGUGCCACAUUUCAGUGCCCAUCUGAGCUGCCUUUCAGUGUCACCCAUCAGUGCUGCCAAUCAGUACCACCUAUCAGUGCAAGUCAGUGCCGCCUAUCAGUGUGCAUCAGUGCUGCCUAUCAG